UCUCUUUCUUUUACCUCAUUUCUUUCUCAUUCCCGUUCACACAGCAGAAGAGAAGAUACAAGCUAAAGUUGGAGCACUAUCUUCUUGCUUGCAAGGCCUGUGACUAUGCUUACUGUGGGGCAUCAAUGGUGGGAAGUUGAUUAUGUAUUUUGAUGGGGCAGAUAGUUCAGGGAUUUGGACAGAUUUAGUGUGGUUCACAACUACUUCAAACGGCCUUAUUGAUGAUACAAUGUCAAAUGGGAAGGGCACUGCAUCAAAUUCUAAUGAAUCUUCCUAUCUACAUUGGAAUGAUGAGAUGGAUCGACUGUUUUUGAAUGCUUUGCUUGAAGAGGAUCAUAAAGGCUAUAGAAAUGAUGGUAAUUGGUCAACAACUGCAUAUUGCCACAUGGUUGAUUCGCUAAGAUCUACAAUUGGCCCAAUGAUUACAAAAAAGCAUUUAAAGCAUAGACUGAAAACAUUAAAAAUUCAUUUUGGAAAAGUUUAUGACUUGUUUAACAGCUUAAGCGGAUUUGCGUGGAAUCCAAUAACUAUGAAAUUUGAGGCAACCGAUGAAGUUUGGGAUGAUCUCAUUAAGGCUAAACCAGAUGCCGCAAAAUGGAGAAAGACACCCAUUAAGAACUAUGACAUCCUGAGAGAGUUAUUUGGAAAUGAUAGGGCAACAGGGAGAAAAGCUACAACAGCUUCAGAUAGGUUGAAUCAAUGGGAUAAAGAGACUAUUGACUUGAAUGAUUGCUCUGAAGACAACAGAACUCAUGAGCCCGAUAUUAGCAUGUUCGAUGGACAACAAUGUUCAUCCCCCAACUUUGACAACUUCAGUCCACAUAAUGGUCCUUCAAAUCAAUCAACAAGCACAUCUGCUUCAAGGGGCACAAAAAGGAAAAGGAAUGUGGUUGACUUGAUGGAAUCCCAAUUUGAGAGAAUGGAUCAGCAAAUUAUGGGUUUAACUGAAGCAAUGAAGGAUGGAAAUUCCAUUUCAGCUAAGCUACAACAAGUUGCUGAGCGUCAGACUGAAGUGGCAGAAAAGCAUGUUGAGAUUGCUGAAAAACAUUUGACAUUGAUGCAACAAACUCGACCUCGACAUUAUUCUGAAGCAGAAGUUUGGAAUAUGUUGGAGGAACUAAAUGUUCCAGAUGAAUAUCGUUUGUCAUGUUAUGAUUACUUAUGUGAUCAUGAGCAAAAAAAACGUAAGGUUUUUGGUGUUCCUCCACACAUGAGAGUCCAAGCUCUCGUUCAAGUUAUGAAGGAUGCUGGAUUGAAUUGAGAGCAAGCUGCUGCUCUUUUUUGCUUUUUGGGGUGCAUGUCUUUAUGAUUGAAGUAAAUGGGAUUAUAUGAUUGAACAUGCAUGACAACUUUUGAGGAAGUGGUUACUGGAGAUGUCAGACUAGUUUACUCUAUUCAAUGUGUAUUUGAAGAGGUUGCCUUCACUACAUGGUGAUGACGAAAGGGAAGCUGCAUAUAAAGGUAUGAAAAACGGUAGAAGGGGGGGUUUGAAUAACGUUUUAAAGAUAAAACUUCCACCUUAAAGAUUUUGGCAAAUCUUUCGAAACAAACUAUGUGCUAAAGAUAAGAGAUAGAAAAGCACACAAGGAUUUUAUCCUGGUUCACUUGAUAAAUCACUCAAGCUAAUCCAGUCCACCCGUUAAGGUGAUUUCUUCCUUCUUAUAAUGAAGGCAAUCCACUAAUCAGGUAUGUGUUACAACUGCACUUGAAACCUACAAGUGACUAACAAUACACUGACUUAGCUCACACUAAGAUUCACUCUCUUAGUCUUCUCUAGGAUCCGAUCAACCUUGAUCUCCUAAAGGCAAACUAUACAACUGUAUAUGAAGUUCUUGUUUACAAAGAAAGUGCUUCUGAAAAGCUUAUAGUAAA